AGAAGUGCAGAACCUCAUGUUUACCUGUCAAAAGGUAAGUUAAUUUUAAAGCUGUCAAUUUAUCUACCUUGGCUUCAUAUAAGUAGACAUGAUUGAAUGAAGUCCCUAACAGUAUUGCUACUCAAAGCAUCAGUUUAGAAUUAAAUAGUUAAAUAUAUAAAGAAUACAAUGGAUAUCAUCACCACCACGCCGGAACCCAAAUGCUCCGACGAACUUCUCCAUUCGGCAGCACUGGACGGCGACUUGACAGCUGUCAAAUCCCUGCUCGAAAAGGGAACCACAGUUGACAUUGCACGACCCUGCACCGGCAUCACCCCGCUGAUGGGAGCGUCCAUAAAAGGCCACACGGAGAUCGCCCGCCUACUGCUGGAAAGGGGUGCCAGCUUGAACGUCUUUUCAAAAACCUUCGGUCUGACAGCACUGCACUGGGCGGCGUUCGGAGGGAAUCCGGAGACUGUGGCACUUUUGCUGGACGCCGGUGCCACAGUUGAUGCCGCCUCGCCGGACAAUGGGAGCACUCCGCUCAUGAUGGCAGCACUGAGUGGUCACUUGGGGGUGGUGAGGUUGCUUCUUGAGAAGGGAGCGGAUAUUCAUGCUUUGACAAAGGACGGAUUGACGGCGUUGCACGCCGCGGUGAGGUUUGGAUAUUCGGAGAUUGUAACGGAGUUGGUUGAAAAGAGUCUUGAAAUAAACUGUGGUAAUUAAAUUUAUACAAAUCUGUUGUUUCUUAAAAUGAAAAACUUGAGAAGUUCUCGCCGAGUCACAUAAAC